AUGAAGGUCGACUAUUUUUCUAUAGAUCAUGGGCCAUAUCAGAGGAGAAUCUACAGGACGCUUUUAUACUUACUUUUCAUGUGGAAUUUGCACCUGCUUAAUCAACCUUUGCUUGAAGGGCUACCUCUCUUUAAUCGAGGCUUAAGCGAGUUGGGAGAAGCUAGAGGGGAGAUUGAGCUAGUGAGUCAUGGUGUGACUGAUUCACCGAAACAUAGCCCAACGGGCCCUUUACAGCCACUUGAAGGGAUUGGACAGCAGAAACUCAGCGAUUCCUCUUUAGCUCCAGAAACAAGUCUAAAGGAAAAACCCACUUUGAGGGAUUUGUUCAAAAAAGAAGAUGAAGAAAAAGUUCAACAGGACCAAACAGAAAAGGAAACGACUUCAAUAGACAGACUAUAUAACUACCUUACCAGUCGUCCAGAUCAUCUUCCAGCAAAAACCAAUGAAGCUUUCACUCCAAGGGGAACGGUUACUAAAAAACUCGGAGCAAAUCAAAUUGAGAAACUCAAAAACAACGAACUCAUAGAUUAUAUAUCACAAUUCAAUGGACAAGUUAAACUAAGUAGAGAUAAAUGGAAAGAAGCUGAAGAUGUUGAAAAGUUCUCUGAAAGGUUGGUCUAUCAUGAAGCUGCAACUUUAUUUUUAAAACGUGUCACAACUGAAGACAAACCAACGGCUCUGAAAAAUAAAUUGAAAGAAAUGAGGGAAUUUACAAAGAACCGUUUACCCUAUAAGGCAAGUGAAAAAGAGUUAGAUCAAAGGGUUUUAAGAAACUUUAUCAAGGAUCAAAAAGAAUGGACAUUUCAGGGUGUCGAAAUAGCUCAUCUUAAUACAGAAAAAUUGAGGGAAGACGCAUUUUGGCAAGCCAAAAAGUAUAUCACUAGUGGUAUGACACUGGUGGAUAAGGUUAAGUUCACGAUGAAGAAAUUCCUCAAUUUCAAGUUGAACUUCAAAUGGCCUUGGAAAAAAUCAACUUGA